CCUCUUAUUUGGCGUAAGUGUGUGUGUGUGUGUGGAGGAGGCUUGAUGGAUCGUAACGUGUUGUCCUUCGUGCUGUUCGGUGUGCUGGUGUGGCUGGUGGUGGCGGUGUACCUGCUGCUGUGCGUCUACCUGCUCUGUUCUCUCUGCUGCGGACGCCACCGCCGCCGGGAGCUCGACCCCGAGAGUUCAGAGGUCACCGGGGCAGAGGUCGUGGACAUCCUGCUGUGACCCCAAGACCAAGCUCAAUCACAAUCUGCCUCAUCAUCUCGGAUUACUUCAAAUUCAGAAUGUCUGUUUGGGAUGACUUGGAUCUUCUCCUGGACUCUCCGUCUUCCUUGACUGUUACGUCUACAACAAGGGGGACCAUCAAGGACAAAGCGGGUUUCAAUGCCAGUGAAGACGCGACAGCCCUGAGGGGGGCCAUGGAGGGCAUUGGAACUACUGAGAAAACGUUGAUUGAUAUCUUGACGCAGCGGAGCAAUGCUCAGCGGCAGCUCAUCACGAAGGCCUACGAGGAGGCUUAUGAAGGAAGGACUCUUGUUGGGGAUCUGAAAGGGGACACCAGUGGGGAUUUUGAGGAUGCUCUGGUUGCCUUGGUUACCCACCCUGCCAAGUUCGACUGUCACGAGUUCAUCAAAGCCACAAAAGGACUUGGGACAACUGAUAGUGCUUUGAUAGAAAUGUUUGCUUGCAAGUCGAGCAGGCAAAUUAAGUCCAUGUGCGAGGCUUACCUGGAAGAGACAGGCCGAUCGCUGGCACAUGAUCUGAAGGCAGAGGUGUCUGGUGACUAUGGUAAAACUCUACUCACCCUUGUGGAGGCGAAGCGGGAUGAGAGUACACAUGUAGAUGCUGCCAAAGCUAAAGCGGAUGCCCAGGCCCUGUAUGAGGCAGGGGAGAAGAAAUGGGGCACGGACGAGAGCAUGUUCAUCGACAUCCUGUGCCACAGAAGUGUCCCUCAGCUCAGGCAGAUCCUGGUGGAGUACAAGAGCAUCAGUGGGAAGACGCUGCAGGAGAGCAUUGAGAGUGAGAUGUCGGGCAAACUAGAGGAGCUGCUGGUCGCUAUUGUGAAAUGUGUGAAAAGUGUACCAGCAUUCCUGGCCGAGAGACUCUACAAAAGCAUGAAGGGCCUGGGUACCACUGAGUCCACGUUGACCAGGAUAAUAGUGGGGCGCUCAGAGGUCGACCUGCUGGACAUCCGGACCGAGUACAAAAAGCUGUUUGGCUGCUCUCUCUACUUGGCCAUAGAGUCGGACGUCGGUGGCAGUUACGGAGACUGCCUGAAGAUGAUCUGUGGCGCUGAUGACUAACCUCACCCCCCAAACGCCGCCUCCAAACCCCGCCUCCUCACAGGAGGAUGUGGCCUGCUCUGCUUCCUGUGCUGUUUUGCGACCGCAAUGCCAUCAAUCUCACCACAGACACUGCCACCAUAUUAAGGCUCAGCUCCCAAAUCUUCACUUGCUCACUAUGUAGAUAGAGAGUGAAACAGUACAACUCGUAUCCUCUGUAAUAAAACAUGUAUUAUAAUACAAUAUAAACGUAAUAUAAAUGUAUUAUAAUAUGAUAUAAAUGUUCACUUGUAGGGAGUGAAACAGUACAACUAAUGACCUAUGUAGUAUAAAAUGGAGCAACUCCAUGAUCUGUCUAGGGUGCAAGCCAAUCUUUGUCCUCUUGUCCUUUCCUGUGGCCUUUAACCUUGUAACGUGAUGCUUGACAUCAUAGAUGACAGAAUUGUUUUAUUCAAUGUCUUGCAAAAACUGUAAUUCAAAGGUUAUUCUUUCAUUCACAACCAAAAUCUUGAUUGAGAUAAAAUCCCCAAAAAGUCACAUUACUGGUUGACAUCAGUUAAUCUUUAUUGCUUUCUCCUCUGAGGCUAGGCGACAUUGAAGCAAGAGGCCAUAGGCCACAGGAAAGGAUGGUAUGACAAAGAAUGACUUGAACCCAUAGUGACCUACUGUAUGUGGUGAAUGAGACAAGUGAACAUUUCGGAUACGGCCUGCAUUUCAGACACGUACACGUAUGGCCUGAAUCUGAUCUGACCGUGUGCCAGAUGAUGGAUGCCAAUGAGAUGCCAUUUCCUCUUAUUUUGUUUGUUUGUGUUUU